AGUGACGAAUGCAGCAUUUCGAAAAUUAUUUUUGAUAAAACUGUUCAAUUCCGGGAGAACUGCUGUGAAAGUUUUUUCUCGUUCCAGCGUAGUUCAUAUGAUUUUAGUAUUGCAGCAUUUAUGGACCAGAUGCAUCGCUUCAACUGUUCAACAAUAUUGCAACAAGAGUGUGGGAGACGAUAUUUUGCGUAUACUCCCUUUUCAGAAUUAGUUUAUUCAAGGUUCUGUAACAUAACCAAAUUCAGAAAUUAUUGCUUAAUGCAUUCACUGGACGUCCUCAGAAGAUAUAAUAUUUAUGAAAACAACAUCGCGAAGUCAAAUAUUACAGAAUAUAUUUAUGGCGACUCCUGGAACGAUCUUGUUUUACCGCUGGUCAACAUAAGUAUAAAUGAUGAUUCGUUUGACGAUCCUUGUGUACAAGUUAAUAUGUUCGACUUGCCAUCUGGAAAUUAUUAUGAAGUAAUGUUCAUUUAUCAGCCAUAUUGUGGUGAUAUUUGGUGUGGAGUCAACUCUGCAGUACCUGAUUUUAAUAAAUUUUCUCCGUGGACGUGUAUUCCUAUGCGGUGCAAAAUAACUAUCAUUUUCAUAUCCAUUAUAUGUGUCAUCAUGAGUCUUCUGACCACCACCGCAAAUGUAGUUGUCAUCGGAGUUUUCCUCAAGACCGAGAAGUUAAGAAACAACCAAUCUUUAUACAAGAUGUCAAUUGCGUUCUCCGAUCUGAUUGUAGGAUUAUUUGUUUUUCCCAGUAUAAUAGUAACGACGUACUUCUCGUACUCUUCAUCAAACCUUCCGUUCGGUUAUUACAACACAAUCGGAUUCAUUACCACAUUAUCUGUAUCUGUAUCACUGUUAACUUUGAUAAUGUCGGGAUUUGAUCGAGUCUUUGCUAUGAUGCGACCUAUGAAGUAUUCUCACAGAAGCACACGAAAAAUAGCAUACUACGUUAUAGGAGCCACUUGGUGUAUAUCUUCGGUUGUCGCGCUAUUGCCAAUAUUAAUUCCAUCAGUAGGUUAUCAUAUGACCACGUCCAGAUCUCUAAUUUCUAUUGCUAAUGGCCACGCCGCUCUUGCAGUUAUUGGAAUUCCACUAAUAAUGACGUGGAUAAAUGGAAUCGCCGUCUACUCUGUUGUGAAAACCAGAUCGAAUAUCAGAAGGCCAUCAAAGGACUCUUCGGCUUCGCCAAGGAGUCGUCGCCGAAUUGUCAUGGAAAAAAAGCUUGCAAUUACUCUUUGUAUAAUGAUUGGGGUGUUUACAGUUUGCGUUUUGCCUUCAUUCGUGCAACAAAUUUUGGGCUCGGCAGGUUUAUUCCGCAAUGCAAAUUUUGCAGUAUUCACAACUUCGGAGGCUUUUGUAGUUAUUACUUUUCUUUCCAAUAGCUUAUGGAAUUGUUUCAUAUAUAAUUUUAGACAUACCGACUUUAGGGAAAGGGCGAAAAAUAUUUUCUGUUCCAAAUUCAAAUCGAAUGUUCAGAAAAGCAGAAUAAAUACCACAAGGAACAGAGUUUCCUGGAGCUAACAAGAUUGGUAUGAUAUCUGUAUUACCGAUGACUUAUUUUUAUCAACUAUAUACGCGCUAUU